UUCCAUUUUGUUGCAAUACAGACGGAGUCGGGAGAGAGAAGUGGCGCCCUACGGCCACUUUUAACAUCACAUAAAACGUCGAGGAUUACGGAUUUGAUGGAAAUAUAGCUUGCUGUGCUUCCUACAUAGUCCGUCGAGGGAUUUAAAGCCCAAUCUCAUAUAUUCUCAGACGAAGGUCUUCAUCAACCAAGCCUGAAGAAGUCGUGGUGGAUGUAAUGACGCACUCUGAAAUACGCGUCCCCGUCCUGGAAGAAGACCUUAAGUAUAAUGCUAUAGCGUGUUAAGUCUCGACUGUUUAGCAUUUCUAAAUGACAUUUUCUUGCCCCAAAGGUCUUCGGCUUCUUGGAGCAUCUUGCGCCGAGGUGAAUUGAUGUUCAGCUCGGCUCCGCGAGAAAACAACGCUCUUUGGCACAUGAAAACCACAAACCUUGCUGGAAACAAAAGUGCAGCGAGAAGUAGACAGAGACCUACUUCGAGGACCUGGGGCCCGAUUGGAGGUGAAAGAUUGAAGAGAGAUCAUUGCUUCGUCAACUUUUUGACAACAAAGAGGUGACACGUAGUGCAGAAGCAGUAUGGGAGGUGGAGAGAGGUACAACAUUCCAGUUUCCCACCCUGAGCGCCCUUUGCCCAAGAAGAACCAUCAACUUGGUCGAGCGAAGCAGAGAAGCCGUGACCAGAAUGGAGCAGCAGCAGCAUCUGCAGGAGGGGUAGGGGGCCUUCACCAUCACGGCCACCGCCGGAGUGACAAAGGCGCAGCUUACCACAGGUCUCCAGAGGCGCGGCAGGCCGUGUCUGCAGAGAAGAAUGCUUCUGUUCGUUUUGCCACCAACUAUGAUCAGAACUGGGAGGGUGCAGUGUCUCACCUCAACACGCUCCUGGCCACCCAGGGGAGUCCGAGCUACGCAGGGCCUAAGUUCAGCGAGCCACCCUCGCCUAGCGUGUUGCCCAAACCCCCCAGCCACUGGGUGUCCUUCCCAAUGGGCUCCUAUGACAACAGGGAGAUGAUGGCCUUCCAGCUCAAGAGCCUCCUAAAGGUGCAGGCCUGAGAGGGAUACCCACGCUUCAUUAAAAAAAAGCCAAUGUAUGAACGGGGACUCUUUUGAGGGCACACACCCACCAGGAACACCCCAGUGCUGUAAUACUUUUAACUGUUUUUAGAUUGACCUCUUCGAGUGUUAGGAGGCAAUUGCAGCAAUGUUUGCUGUGAAUGUAUCCAACACCCAUUUUUUAUAAGCAAAUAUUUCCAUAUAUUACAGCCUUGUAGCCUUGCUGGUCGGUGAUGCUUUUAGUGGAGUCAGUUUCUGAGACUAAUGACAAACUGGAUAUCCUUUUGUACUACUUUUGUUUUGUUCUUUUUAACGUUGGCUGUCAAAGCAGGUUGAGUGUGCUUCUUUUCCAAACAAGAGUUAUAGUAUAGGUCAGGUAAGUUCCCAUCACUUUUACAGUCCAUUUCUGUGGACAGACAUGCUUUUUCAUUUACAAAAGUUUUGUGAUUAUUCUUAAGAGUCACCUCUAAAGCUUCAGGUGCUAAAGCAAACCCACAUUUGUAGCAAUUUUUUGACUAGGGCCCACCUCCUUUUCUUAUAUAUAUCACAUUCCUUGUUUGGGAUGGAAAGACACUCAACUGCAAUUCUGCAGGGAAAAAAACAAUCGUACUGGAGAUAAGCUGUAGUGAGUAAGUACAGGUCAAAAGUAUAACCUCAAACUGAAGGGUAAGAGACCAUGGCACACAGGCCUUGGACUGUCAACUCCUGUACCUUUUUUAUUGCGCUGUGCGCACAUGCACUAUAGGAGUUGAGCUUGUCUGAGGCCAGCAACACUCUAUCAUAGCAUUAUUUUGUACAUGUCCUUUUUUGUUGUGGUUGAAAGUUGUAUGAAGUGCUGUAUGUAACCAAAGCAAUGUUUUCAAUGUGUUUUUGUUUUUUCUCCCCUCCUUUUUUUUUUUUUUUUUUUUUGACAUCCCCAUGUGUGGUCGGCAUUUUUGCCAUUGCCGCUUUAACGUUGCCAGCCCGAGUGGUGAAUUGGUUUGAGUCCCCUAGGUCACUUCCAACUGUUCAUCUGUUCCUAUCAGUACUGUUGUUAUUCCUCAGUCUCAGCCUAUUCAGGACAGUGCUGCAGCUUUAACAUGCGGAAGAGGGCCAGGCUUAGAUGUGGGACUAUUGAAUUUCACCUGACAUGGUCCUGUUGGCUGCAUGCAUUUGUAAGCAAGGUAAGGCAGAGCUGAGGAAGGUUUCUGAAGUGACGUGGCCCAAGGGACUCAACAUGAGGCAGGAGGCUGGUGUUUAUGUUUACAAAAUAGGUCUGUGGUUGACUAUUGUAUAAUCAACAGACACUCGAUGCCUCUUGUCUCUGCCUCUUGUUUACCCUCUCGCACUGCAAUCAGACUAGUUUAAUAAGUUACAGGCCAGGAUGCUAUUGAAGUGACGGAGGCGUAAUUGACUAUCUCCCUAUGGAUUCUCUAUUUUUGUGACUCAAUCCUCUAUUGAGGCUCUUCUUGCUUUCCCUUCGCAGAAUUGGAGCUGUUUAUUGCCAGCCUAAAGAUGACAAAACAAAGUAUGAUAGCUUGUUCGUGUGUACAAGAGCCAUGUAAAUAAUGAAAUGUAUAAAGUACUUGUAGCAUAUGUACAUUUGCAGGCCGAGUUUGAGGCCUGUCUGACAAAAGUAUUUUUAGUAAUAACACUGAAUGUAUAAGACAUGCUAAGGACAUGUCUUGACUUCAUUGUCUUGACUUCAAUACUGAAGAAUAUUUUUGUUAAAAAAAAUCUGCCAAUAGCAUUUGUCAGUACCCCUGCACUGUUAUCUUGCCAGAGAUCUUGCACAUGUUUUUUAUUGUUUUUUGUAUUAUGCAGUGUAGGGUGAAAGAUGCUAAAUGCAAAUUAAGUAACAGUGCAACAAAAUAUCAAUUGGAUCCCAGAGGAGACUUGCCUUGUGUAUGGAUUUGAGUUCUGAAUGCGCUUACAGUAUGUAAGCGGGAUGCUUUUAAUCUUGAGUUGACCUGUUUGUGCCUAAGUUGAAACCAAUGCUAUAACUGAAUAGUUUCAUUAGGUGGCAGUGCCACAAACUGACCAAAUGUUUUCAUCAGAACCACUUUCAAUUCUCAGCUGUUCUUCCGCCAGCUGACAACUGAACUUGGUCCCAUGCUGUAUAAGUACUAUCUCCUAUUGGUUGUUCAUGUUAACAUUUUCUUUAUUGCCCUGAUUGAGUUGUACAUGGCAAAGUCUCCUUGUUAGAAAUUUGAAACCUGUAAUGAAUUGGCUGUUAAUUUGGUCCUCCUGAUAAAGUGUCACUGAAGAUGAAAAGAAAAUGCCCUGUUUAAGAUUGGUAUCAAUUAGUGUUUAAAAAAAAAAAGCAACUGCACUCUGUGAAUUGAUGACAAAAUUUUAACAAAGAAAUAAAUCCCUUCCCCUUCCCCCCUA